GACAAAUCCGCGGUCACACUGUAUAGGAUGUAUUCGGGGUUUUUGUUAAAAAAUAAGCCAUAAAAACAAAGUAAAUAAGGCCUGGCUUAUAACGUAUCCGCCGUCUCUUCCAUGCGAUCAGAGCGGCGAAAUGGAUCUGGUGGACAUUGAUCAGGUCUUGGACAACCUGGAAUUACGCAUCGCCGCUGACGAGCAGGAGAGCAGAAAUGCAGCAGCAGCGGCAGCGGCAGCGACAGCGACUGCAGCGGCUACAACGGUAGACCCUGGCCACACUCGCCCACUGGGUGACGGAGCCAGUGCCUCCAAUGGGGGUGGAGCAGCAGUGGCACCACCAACGAAAAGCUUUGUGGGCGUCUCUCAGGUGUUCAACAGCCUGGACGACUAUCGCAACAAUGUAAAAUCGCUGGCGGUGGACAACCAGCUGCCCAGCUACAACUGGCAGGCGGAGCAGUCGCUGGAGCACGCGCGCGACCUGGAUGACAGCUUCGAUGACAUCAACAAGUUCAGCGAAGGGCAGGAGAAGCGUCCGAAUGAGGCCAUUGUCUCCUCCUCCGAGUCGCUGACAACCUCCUCAUGCUCCACCUUCUCCUCGGGCCCGUCGCCAGUGAGCAACGACUCCGAGGAGCUGGAGCCCAGUGCCCUGGAGGUGGUGGCGGCCAUGCCAGUGGACCAGCCAGUGGAGCAGCCCAAAGCGGUUGUCGAGGACCUGGCCGUGGGCCUCUCCUCCAUUUCCAUCAGCAACAGCACAACCCCAGGGACCCAGUCGCUGAUGCCGGGCGAGGUGACAGCAUCCUCGAUGCUGGGCAAAGUGCUCAACGAGUUGUCGGAGGAUCUGACCAGCACAGAGCCGGAAACAGAGGUCACCAAUGGUCUGGAGGAGUUGCCGCGCGGCGAAUCCCUGCCCUCAGAGGCGCCUGCUCCACCAAAGGAACCAAAACCAAAGGAUCAGAUGCCACGACGCCACCAGCCGAUGACAUUUUGCUCAACAAUGGACGACAUUUCCGACACGGAGCUAGACAGCAUGCUGCAGGAAAUAGAUGUGGAUGAGAACCAGGAGGAGCACGUAGAGGAGCAGCAGGAACAGCAGCAACAGGUUGACAUACUCGAGGAAGAGAUCUCUGCCUCGGCCUCGGCCUCUGUUUCGCCCGUCACCGAGGAGGAAUCUGUGCGCAUUCUCUCCGACCAGGAGACGACAUCCAACGAUCAACUGAACGUGGACAACUUCUCGCAGGCGUCCACCGUUGAGUUUGCAGAGCUGAAGCCCCACGAGGCGGCCACAGCGGCGGUCCCAGUCGAGGACAUUGCCUCGUUGAGCAGCACAGAGUCGGAUUCGCUGUCGGGCAGGAAGCUGGACGAGGAAGAGCAGACGAAUGGCGACCAACUGCCGGAGGAGGAGGAUGACAGUGUGGCUGCGGAUGCGCUGGAGACGCAGGAGCAGCGUCCCCAGCGACCACAGACAUUGGAUCUGGGUCUCAAUGCUGCUCAGACGCCGCCAGAACCCACCGAGGAGGCUGGUAGCCUGGCCACUGCUGAGGAUCAGCAGCUGUCCCAGUCGGAAGUAGCCUCGGCACCAACCGAAGACGACGACGAGAGCCCCAUCUACGAGGCGGUGGGCUACAGCGAUCCGCACGCCAAUCUGGGCAAGGUGCCGCCCAUCUGGGUGCCGGACAACAUGGCCGGGCAGUGCAUGCAGUGCCACCAGAAGUUCACGAUGAUCAAGCGGCGCCACCACUGCCGCGCCUGCGGCAAAGUGCUCUGCUCCGUCUGCUGCUCCCAGAAGUUUCGCCUGGAGUUUGCCAACGAGCCGGAGUCGCGCGUCUGUGUGCAGUGCUUCAUGAUCCUCACGGAGCGGGCGGCCUCGGGCGGCACUUACCCGGACAAUGCCUCCGCUCCGACCUCUGCGCUGCCGCCCACGCCCAUGCGCUCGCCCAAUCCAAACAAUCCCAUGGAGUAUUGUUCGACGAUUCCGCCGCACCAUCAGGUGGCCGCCAGCUCGGGCGCACCGCCCCCCAGCGUGAUUGUGCCCGUGGGCGUGUUGAAGAAGACGGACGGCAGCUCGAACUCGAAUUCCUCCUCGUCGGACAGCAAGAAGGGCCGCAAGCGCAAGAGCGUGAUGUUCAGCGAUGGCAUCGCCCCGGGCAGCGAGCUGGCCAGCACUAUGGAGCAGCAGUGGGGCGAGGCCAAGCAGGCGCGUCGCGGCGUGCCCCGGAGCAACGGCGGUGGUCAGAAGCCGCCCACUCCGGCAACGGAGGAACCACGAUCCAGUAUUGAGAGCGCCACCAGCACCACCAUGGGACUGGUGGCCCAACUCUUCCGCGGCUCCAUUCCACCAAGCGCCGCAGCGGCCACCCUCACGGCAGCUGAAGGCUCAAGCACAGCUGGUCGUCCCACGGCCCAGACAUCGCCGCGUCGCAAGGCAGAGCCUGUGCGCUCACGGAAGUUGCCGCCAAAUGGCGAUGCCCAAGGCUGCUAUCUGCCUGUCGAGGAGCACGCCCUGCCGCCCAUUUGUGUGGCGAGCAAGGAGGCAGCCGGCAGCUGUGAUGUCGACUACAAGGAGGUGCGCAACGAUGGGGAUCUACUGGAGCGGCUUCAACACGAGACGCUCAAGUUUAUCCUCAAGAACAACUUUUACGUUCUGGUCAAGAUCAUUAACAUGAGCUGCUGCAUGAACCGCUGGGUGCUGAACUUCACCACCUCCGGGCUGCACCACAUGGGCAGCGAUGAGCUGAUUAUUCUGCUGGAGAUUAAGCCACCCAAGCAGGGUGACCUGUCUGCGGGUGAGCCGGCAGUGCCGCGCGAUGUGUUCCAGCAUCUGUACGAGAUCUAUGUGGAGGCGGAGCAUGCACGCUCCAGCAUCCAUGAGUUGGCCUUCACCAGCCCCAGGAGCGCCAACUUUCUGGGAUCGCGAGAGCACGGCGGGUUCAUCUACAUUCGGCCGACAUACCAGUGCCUGCAGGGCGUGAUUGUGCCGGAGAAUCCGUACCUGGUGGGCGUGCUGAUCCAUCGGCAUGAGGUGCCGUGGGCCAAGGUGCUGCCACUGCGCCUGAUCCUGCGCCUGGGCGCCCAGUAUCGCUACUAUCCGUGCCCGUUGAUCUCAGUGCGUGGUCGCGAGUCGGUGUACGGAGAGAUCGCUCAGACGAUCAUAAAUUUCCUGGUGGACUUUCGCAACUACUCGUACUCGCUGCCCGCCAUCCGGGGCCUGUACAUCCACAUGGAGGACCGCCAGAUGACGGUGAUCAUUCCGCGCUACCGCCAACAGGACGUCAUCAAGGCGAUCAACAAUGCCAGCGAUCACAUUCUGGCGUUUGCCGGCAACUUCUCAAAGGUGGCCGACGGGCAUCUGGUGUGCAUGCAGAACAUCAACGACGACCGGAACGAGAUGUACGCCUACUCCACGCAGGCCAUAAACAUCCAAGGUCAGCCUAGGAAGGUGACUGGCGCCAGCUUUUUUGUGCUGAAUGAGGCGUUGAAGAGCAGCAGCGGCCUGUCCGGCAAGUGCAGCAUCGUGGAGGAUGGCCUCAUGGUGCAGAUAAUGCCCGCCAAAAUGGAGGAAGUGCGCCAGGCGCUGCGCAAUCAAACGGACAUCGACAUCGUGUGCGGUCCCAUCGAUGCCAGCGAGGAUCAGUGCGAAAUAGUCAGCAUCAAAUGGGUGGAUAACAAUCGCGACAUCAAUGUGGGUGUAAAGUCGCCCAUUGAUGACAUGGCCAUGGAGGGCAUCUCCAAUAUGCGUGUCCAUGCCAGCUUCAAUUAUUCCAAUGCCAAUUAUGCUAUUCGCUUGAGUGAUAUUUACAUUGUUAAGUGCGAUGAUUGGUACACAACAAAUGGUGGCAACUAUGCGGACAUUACGCGCAUUGCCGAGCAACUGGCAAGAAGCGCCUCGAUGGCUCUGUUACCAUUCCUCGAUCUGCUUGCAGCUGCUGGCAUCAACAAGGUGGGCCUCCGUGCCACGCUCGAUCAGGAGAAUGUGUGCUAUGAGGCCGGUGCGCGUGGCUCGAAGCUACCUCCACUGUAUAUGAAUGCGCUGGAUAACCAUCUGAUAGCCACGCUGCAUGGCGAAUCGUCGGGCAUACAGGAGCCCAUUAUCCUGGAGCUGGUGUUCUACAUACUAAAUGCCUGAAUAUAAUCAAUCCCCUCAUAGUGCAAUUCUACUGCUGGAAACGAAAGCGAUAAGCGAUAAGUGAAAACGCUAAAUGCGAAAUACGGAAACCGUCUUAAGUCUAAGC